UCGGCAGUACGGAUCUAAAAUCGAGUUAAUACAGAACACCUAAAAUCAGUUAUGGCGAAAAGUUAUUAUCUUGCCAUUUUUCCAAUGGCAUUAGCUAUUUUUUCGGUGUGCAAUGCAAACGAAGACGUCGACACUAUUAAAAAGGGAAUUGAAAGUUUAUCGAACACCAUGAUUAAAUAUCAAAGUGAAUUUGACAGUAAAGUGAAAUUUAGGGAGUUACAAGCGGUCAUCGAUACAAUUGACGAUUCAAUGCUGGGCUAUAAGGGAAUCGCCGUACGGCAAUUGGAUAGAGUGCGAUCGCUAAAUUCAAAAGCCCGUACUUCCUAUUCGAACUGUGUCAAACCUGUGUUUGAAUGGUGCAUCGGUACCAAUGAUACCUUCCAUACCAUGAUUCCCCUCUUACGUGACAAUGACCUGUCGCAGGACGAAAGAAGGGCAAUAUUUACCGCAAUGCUAAACGCAAUCGAUAUGGGACUAAAACACACCGAAAAUUCGCUAAAUAUCCUUAAUGAUGUUGUCAGACGCACUACCGACCUUAAAGAUCUAUUUCAAUCCAUAAAGCACGACAUUGCCAAUGAUUUCGGGGAGGAUGGUUACUACGGAAAAAAAAAAAAUGACUUGGAAAAUCGUGAAAGGAUUUAUAGAAUGUAUAUUGCAAUCGGGCUUGUCAUUUUUUCAGAUGUUGGCCAGAGUCUUAAAUUCGCAGAAUUAUUUGGAGGUGAUUCUGAACAAUGGAGAAAAUCGACUAGUUUUGAAGAUCAACUGAAAGAAAUUGAAACAUUUUUUCAUAUUUUACUGGAAAAAAUUAGUAAUGCCAGCGUAAUAGUCCAAAAUAUUAAUAGCGCCCUGGAGGAGGACAAAACCAACUUAUAUGUCCUUCGUGGAAAACUAAGUGCUGCCGAUAUGAACAAAAUUCUCAUCACAUUGGAUACACGCGCAAAGCAAAAUCUAAUUAUUCCUUCCUUUACAAAUGUGGCUGAUCAGUGCACAAAGUACGUCACCUGGCACGGAUACAAUACAUCAAUUUACGACGAUUCUAAGGGAAUCCGCCGAGUGGUUCUCUUUUCCAUAAGUCCCCUAAUCGACCACCUGGACGAUAAACCUCAAACUGUACUCGCCUCAGAACUGGAGCAAGUUGAAGACCCAAAACAAGUCAAGCAUGUUCCCGAAGAUGAAGGCAAUCCUCCUAAAAUUGAGUCUCCUCCAUCCUCGACGCCUCCAUCCUCGACGCCUCCAUCCAACAUACAUUUUGUUGCGACUUUUUUUAAACACGUUGUAUAAAAGAUAUCAAGAGAAAAGAUAUCAAUAAUGAAUAUGAAAAAUAUCAAUAAAUCGAUCAAUGUUAUUAAGCUGA